UGUAGAACAUGAGGAACUUGACAGUGUAGAACAUGAGGAACUUGACAGUGUAGAACAUGAGGAACAUGGCAGUGUAGAACAUGAGGAACUUGGCAGUGUAGAACAUGAGGAACAUGACAGUGUAGAACAUGAGGAACUUGACAGUGUAGAACAUGAGGAACAUGGCAGUGUAGAACAUGAGGAACUUGGCAGUGUAGAACAUGAGGAACAUGACAGUGUAGAAUAUGAGGAACAUGACAGUGUGGAAUAUGAGGAACAUGACAGUGUGGAAUAUGAGGAACAUGACAGUGAAGAACAUGAGGAACAUGACAGUGUAGAACAUGAGGAACAUGACAGUGUAGAACAUGAGGAACUUGACAGUGUAGAACAUGAGGAACAUGGCAGUGUAGAAUAUGAGGAACUUGACAGUGUAGAAUAUGAGGAACUUGACAGUGUAGAACAUGAGGAACUUGACAGUGUAGAAUAUGAGGAACUUGACAGUGUAGAACAUGAGGAACUUGACAGUGUAGAACAUGAGGAACAUGGCAGUGUAGAACAUGAGGAACUUGACAGUGUAGAAUAUGAGGAACUUGACAGUGUAGAACAUGAGGAACAUGAUAGUGUAGAAUAUGAGGAACUUGACAGUGAAGAACAUGAGGAACUUGACAGUGAAGAACAUGAGGAACAUGACAGUGUAGAACAUGAGGAACUUGACAGUGUAGAACAUGAGGAACAUGACAGUGUAGAACAUGAGGAACACAACAGCGUAGAACAUGACAGCUAA